AAAAAAUACUGACAAUUUGGUGUGAUUUGGUCAAGCGUUUAUCCCGUUUUGCCAAUAGUAGAGCGUUUUAGUCAAGAGAUUUCUAGUAAAUCAUGUGAUACUCAUAUAAAUUUUGAGACAAUAAGGAUUUAUUUGUGUCCAGGGGACCCUAUUACGCGAGAUGGCGUCUGAAGACACAAGAAAAUCAUCCGAAGCAGAUCUAUCAACUAGUGCACAAUGCAUGCAUUCAGAAUCUCAUAAGCCGGCAGAUCAUUACGAUAGAAACAAAACAAACAAAUCUGGAAGUGAUUCUCAGGGGUCUUGCUACUGUGGCAAAGACAGGAAUCUUAACAUAGUGGAACUACUGUGCGCUUCAUGUAACAGAUGGUUUCAUGAGUCUUGUAUUGGGUAUCAGUUAGGAAAAUUGGUACCUUUUAUGACAAAUUAUUUGUUCAUUUGUAAAAACUGCUCUCCGACUGGUCUGGAGACUUUUAAGAAGAAUCAAGCUCCAUUUCCGCAAAUGUGUCUGACAGCUAUUGCAAAUUUGAAGCAGGAGAGUGCAAAAAAUGGCAGUAAUAAGUCUCUUUUUAGCAAGGAUAGAGAGAUUAUUCCAUACAUAGAUCAAUACUGGGAGGCAAUGACAACUAUGCCUCGAAGAGUGACUCAGUCUUGGUAUGCUACAGUGCAAAGAGCGCUAAUCAAGGAUAUUCAGGUUCUUUUUACAUACGAGGAGGACUCGACCCACGGGCCAAUGUUUGGGCUCUACAAUAUGGAGCUUACCUCAAUCAAGCCUAAUUAUGAAGCUAUGAUCAAGCAAGGGCAGCUGAAAGUCACUGAUAUGGGAAUUGCUACAAUACCCCUGGCAGGCAACGUAAAGGGACGUCAAGGCAAGCGCCGUCCGGCCGUCGGCGGCGCGGCCGAGGCGGGCGCCCCGGCCGGCAAGAAGGGUCGCGCCGCCGACCCCGCCAGUCUCAAGUUACCAUCUCAUGGGUAUCCAACGGAGCAUCCAUUCAAUAAGGAUGGCUACCGGUAUAUACUGGCUGAGCCUGAUCCUCACGCACCAUUCAGACAGGAAUUUGACGAGAGCAAUGAAUGGAGCGGCAAGCCCAUCCCAGGCUGGUUGUACCGCUCGCUCUGUCCCGGCAUCGUGCUGCUCGCUCUACACGACCGCGCGCCGCAGCUGAAGAUAUCCGAGGACCGGCUCGCGGUGACCGGCGAGAAGGGCUACUGCAUGGUGCGCGCCACCCACGGCGUAUCACGAGGCGCAUGGUACUGGGAAGCCACCGUGGAAGAGAUGCCGGAAGGCGCAGCGUCCCGCCUGGGCUGGGGCCGGCGCUACGCGAACCUGCAGGCGCCGCUCGGCUACGACAAGUUCGGCUACUCGUGGCGCAGCCGCAAGGGCACCAGAUUCCACGAGUCGCGCGGCAAACAUUACAGCAACGGUUACGGCGAGGGUGACACGCUGGGCUUCCUUAUUGUGUUGCCUAACAACCACAAUACUAAGUACACGCCCAACACCUACAAGGAUCGGCCACUAGUAAAAUUCAAAAGCCACCUCUACUAUGAAGACAAAGACAACAUUCAAGAAUCUCUCAACAAUCUGAAGCCGCUAACUGGCUCCAAGAUAUACUUCUUCAAGAACGGCCAGUGCCAAGGGGCAGCCUUUUUGGACGUGUAUCAGGGCUGCUAUUAUCCUUCAGUCAGUUUACAUAAGAGUGCCACGGUUAGCGUCAACUUUGGUCCCAACUUCAAGCAUCCUCCGGGGAGUGAAUAUAGCUACAGACCGAUGUCCGAAAAGGCAGAGGAAGCGAUCUGCGAACAGACCAUGGCCGAUCUCCUGUACCUCACCGACAACGAGGGCAAGCUGCGACUCGACAACUUCAAUCUCUGAUAUACGUAGCACCGUUAAUUCGGUGUGCAUGGACUGAGUGUGAGAUACGACACAACAGUGAACUAUAUAUCAUAUGAAUGUGUAUAUGUAAUAUAUUUAUUAAAGUACCCUUCUCGACUUAUGUAGCAUGGUCGCUUUUAACUGACUUAACCUUAAUUCAAAACCAGAUCGUGAAUGCAAACCUCCUUGGAUGAUCUUUUAUGGUCUAACAUUUUGGAAGUUGUCUGAACUUGAACUGAACAAUAUGACAAAAAUUGGCAAAGGUAUGAAGUUGCAGUAUUACUAAUUUUCGUUAAUUGGGGCCGUAACCAAGAUAACAAUCAUUUAUCUAUAAAUACGGAAGAGUAAUUCAUUGGACUGUUACAUGCGAACGAAAAGUGAUCAUUUCCAUACAUUAUUUAAAUAUCUGUUGGUAUUUUCUAUAAACAAUUGUCACUUGGCUAGGGCUCCCUUAAUGGCGAACAUGACUGUAAAUAAUUGAAAUCUGUAUUGGUCAUAUGAAUAAAUAUUAAUGAUAAGUAUUAAAUUAAAUCAUUGUAACUCUUAUAACAAUAUGUACUCAAAUAUUGAAUACAAAUGGAAUAUACCUUUUACGUAUCAUAUAUGAAUUCUAUUAUUAUGAUGAUUCAUAAUCUUCAUUGCAUUGGUAACUAUUCUAGUAAGUAGUCACAUAUAAGAUUAUAUAGUUACCAUUAAAUCGACUAAAUACUUGUCAGAAUAUUGGCCUUUCAAAAAUGAAUCGUGUAUUAAAAUUAGAAUUUCUAUUUCUAUUCUGUCAGAAUGUUGGCCUUACAAAAAUGAAUCAUUUAUUAAAAUUAGAAUAGAAUGCUUUGUCCGGCCAAAAUAUUCAUGUACUCCUGUGUAGUCAGGAGCACGUCUAUCACCAGUAAAAAAGCAGGAAAUUUGAAAAAUGAAAGCGAAGGGUUGAUUACCCUUAGAAAUGUUUAAUAUCUCGAAAUCAUAUGUAUAUUGAGUGAAAUGAUGAGUAUUAUAUUCCUAUAACUCCUAAAUGGAUUACAAUAGAAUCAUAGCAAAGUAUACAUAUCAAGGUUACAUCAAUAGGUAUCUCAAGUUGUACAAGUUGAAUGUUGUGUUGUGUAAGCAAAGUGUACAUGUUGAUAAAUAUUUUAUACCCAAAAA